AUGGUCACUCCUGCUUUCAAAAAUGCAACAACAAUUGCGACGCUACAAGAAGCGCAGACGGAGGCAUUGCUCUCCCUCCUCAAUCUAAAUAAUCCGCUUGAACAGGGCGCGGCUCCACCUGGCCCCGUCGCAACCAAAUCUACACCAGCAGCUACCUCGAAACUCUCAACUUCGAGCGCCCCUCUUGUAUGGAAGGUUUUAGUUCUAGAUCAGCAGACGAAGGACGUAUUUGCCACUGUCCUCCGUGUACAGGAUCUCCGAGACGUCGGCGUGACAUUACACGUUCAACUGCAUUCUACACGUCCCCCGCUGCGCGACGUACCUGCUGUAUAUUUCGUCUCCCCGACCUUAGCCAACAUUCGCCGGAUAGCUGAGGACUUGGAUAAAUGUCUGUAUGAGUCAUUCCAUCUCAACUUCGUCGAGCCUUUGCCAAGAGCACUGCUGGAAGAGCUUGCGGCUUCUGCUGCCAGUGCGAGCACCGGAGAAUUAGUGGAACAGGUUAUUGAUCAGUAUCUUUCGUUCAUCGCUCCUUCACCCUCAUUAUUUUCCUUACUUUCACCGCUCCCCGUCCUGCUGCCUGGGUCUUCACAACCCAGUCGCCAUUACUCUUACCAACUCCUCAAUUCUCCCUCCUCGUCUGAGCAGCAAAUCGAGGACGAAGUUGAACGCAUAGCAAAUGGCCUGUUUAGUGCGGUUGUCACAGCAGGGCAUGUGCCCAUCAUCCGCGCUCCGAGAGGGAAUGCGGCAGAAAUGGUGGCAAAGAAACUUGAGCAGAAGAUACGAGACGCGCUGCUCACCUCUUCGCGCACACAUGGAACGACCACCCUAUUCUCUCAAGACUCUUCCGGGCUCUCCAGCCUACAGCGACCUUUAUUACUCAUUCUCGAUAGGAACGUCGAUCUAGUGCCUAUGAUUUCACAUGGCUGGACGUACCAAGCGCUUGUGUCCGACUGUCUGGAUAUGAAGCUUAACCGCGUUGUGGUGACGCAGCCCCAGAAGCGAGUGUAUGAUCUCGAUUCAAAGGACUUUUUCUGGGCUAGGAACGCUGCAAAUCCGUUCCCUCAGGUCGCGGAGGAGAUUGAUGCGGAGCUGAACAAGUACAAGCAAGACGCUGCAGAGAUCACGCGGUCAACGGGUGUUAGUGACGUGAACGAUAUUUCUCAACUGGAUUUAACAUCGAACGCUGCCCACUUGAAGACCGCAAUCACUCAACUUCCCGAAUUAACGGCACGCAAAGCGACGCUAGAUACCCAUAUGAACAUUGCCACGGCAUUGCUUGAACAAAUCAAGAAGCGUGGUUUGGACGAACUGUUCAGCACCGAAGAAGCCAUCAAUAAACAGACUGUUGCAUCGAUCUUAGAAACACUGCGUGCGCCUAGACCGGACGGGCUGUUCACGCCUGAAGACGAGCUGCGUCUUGUUCUGGUCUUUUAUCUUUCUUCGCCCGACCACGCCAUAUCCAAGGAUGACAUCGCCGAACUCGAAAAAGAGCUCAAAAGCGUCGGUGUAGACGUUGCGGCGUUUGAGUAUGUCCGUCGCAUGCGGGACGUUUCCCGAAUGACGGUGAGUGCGGUUGUGGGGGGAACGUCGACACCGGUACUUGGCGGUGGGCAGGGCGAACUAUUUCGGGGAUUUACAGCACUCGGCAACAGAUUGACAGACCGGCUGAAAGAGGGUGGCCUUGAAAACCUUAUCUCGGGAGUAAAAAAUUUCCUCCCCGCGAAUAAGCUGCUUCCGGUCACACGCCUUACCGAAGCACUCAUGGAUCCUUCUGCCGCAUCCAACCAGUCCUUAACCGAGACAGACGAUUAUGUUUUUCUUGACCCCCGUGGACCUCGACACGCUCAGACAGGUAUGGGCGCCACUGCUGUUACAGGUGGGCCUUCUACUGGAGGUGCGUCGGGACACGGGCGGGCCAGGCGGAUGGCUUUCGCCGAAGGUAUGGUGUUCGUUGUGGGAGGAGCGAGUUAUGUCGAGUACGGAAACCUCGAAGAAUGGGCCGGGAAGACGGGUAAGCGGUUGACGUACGGUGGAACUGAGAUUGUCGAUCCACAAGGGUUCGUUGGUCUCCUUGGAACUUUGGGCAAGGCAAGUACAUGA